AAAAACGUUUGGCUUUGUUGAAAAAGAAAACAAGCGCUAUUCGUUGCUUGUAGCUCUGUAUCAAUUUACAGCAAAAUAAUAAAACCGAUUAAUUACUUAAAUAUCAGAUUUGAAACAGGAUGAUAUUCUUAAGACAUAUAAAAAAGCUACAUAUAUUCAAAAUUUACAUAGUGACAAAUGUUAGGCUACAAAUUUAAAAGAUCUGACAAAGACAAAGAAAUAAAGAGAAAAUAUAUAAUGCUAUUGGUAACGAUGCCCGAACAAUUUUAUUACAGAUACGAGGAGAACCGAGUGAUACACCGAGUACGAUAAUGUCGGAAAUAGACUACAUAAUAGCACCACGAAUACCACGAGGUUUGGCUCCUGCGGUUGAAGGACUUGCACGAGAAAUUUUGCGUCAAAGACCUCGAAACAUUUACGCAUUCGCGGCCCAACAUUUCGCAGAAUUGGUGGAAUUAAGGGAUAAAGAACGUACUGAUGAAAUCGUUCCGAGGAUACUGAAACAUAGAUUGGUUAACGUUCGUGAUGCUGAAAAUCGUAACGAUUAUUUUCGUAGGUGUAAACACAGUAACUUGAUCGAAGAAGCGAUGGUAAUAAGGGAAGCGAAGGAACUAACUACAUCGAGAAAUGCAACGAAAAAAGCUGUGGCAUCGAAGAGAAAAGGAGAGGCGACGAAUAAAAGUGGUUGGUCUAUAAAUAGGACGGUGAAAGGAUUGAAGAAGCAUGAAAAUACAAUUGGAAGAGAAGGUUGGAACAGAGAAUCAAACGGUAAAGAGACGGAGAAAUCAAUUCUUGGUUACUCGGAUCGUCGUUCACCACGAUUUUCGAGUCAAGUUACUUGUCAUCAAUUCGUUCGAUCUUCGUCCGCCGGAAAUAUAUUCGCAAAACGUAUUAAGCGUCGAGAGGUUAAAGAAAAUCACGAACAAUUCUAUACAUUUGUUUUAGAUGAUAAAAGUUACAAGAACGAGAAGAAAGUGACGCGACAAAAAAGUGCCGAUCAAAUCGAAAGAGAUGGCGCGUAUUUUAAGGACACUUGUACGAGCGAACAUAUAGACAUAGACGUUGUUCCGACAGAGGCUAGAAUCUGUCGAAAUUUAAAGGAUCAAUGGAAAACUAUGAUCGAAGAUGAGCGAAAAGAGCAGGAAAAAUUGCAAGAGAAAUUUGGUAAUACGAAAGGAGGUGAUGCCAAAUUAAAUUCCCGAUUGGGAAAGAAGAGCGAAAGAGAAUCGAAAGACAACGAAGUGGAAUCGCGAUCCGAUUCGUCAGAGAGCAACAUAAUUUUCGAGCAUGCGAUGAAAAAGUUGACCAAUGAUGGAACGGUCUCGGUGGUCCUCCCAUCGGUCGUUACGCGACAACAUCCUGUAAAAUGUACAAGGAACAACGUGUACGAAUGUGACGGGAAGGAUAGCACAGGUAAUUUGACAUUGCCACCGAUCUCGAGUGAUGGAUCCAAGUCGACGAAGAGGGGAAGCAAUGUAAUCGGAUUACCCUCUUUGUUAAACGAGGUGGAUGUUCCGUCGAACGAACAAACGAUAUGCUGUCAGGAUUACGAGGAUCCGACAAAUUCAAAUUGGAAUCCUAAGGAUCUGGAAUCGGAGACAGAGCUUAAACCAGCAGAAACUAUCGAAGGUGAGACUUUCGAUUACGAUUCGAAAACAAUUGAAAAAGAACGCAAAGACGAGGAUUUAAAAGGUGGCAAUGUGAACGUAGAUACGGUCCCAUGGAAAUAUCCUCGUGGAAGUAAGUCCGAAGGAAAUGGAAUUCUUGUUAUGACGGGGAAUACGGUGGAGGAAGGUAUCGAUAGACAGCAAAUUCUAGGAGAAGUAGAAAUUAUCCGGCAAUGUUUAAAUUCACCACGGGAGGCGGAUAUCGAGGAAACUUUUAAAGACAGCUUAAACGUAACGCCUGAUUCGAUCGAUCUUCCUCAUUGUCAGAGGGCAGAUUCGUUGGAACAUUUGGAGAACGGGAAAGAGGGAGAGGAGGAUCAGGACCAGGACGAGGAGAAAAAGGAAGAGGAGGAACGAUAUCGACCGAACGAGCUCGAAAGGAAAUUAAUCGAGAUAGAAGCGGUCGAGAGAAGCAUCGAAAAUACGUUGGUCUGUUCUCAGACUAUUCCAAAAGAUAUCGAUGACGAAUUCGUAGCAUCGGAGCGUUCGAAUGAAUUUUCGAUUUUGAAAAAUUUCGAACCGGAGAAACCAGACUGCGUAUACGAAAGGCAGCUAUCGAGCGUAGGAGACGAGUGGACGAAGAAAAAUCCAGAUGAAAGUCAGAGUCCAACGAGCAACGAAGAUGACAGAGAUCGCGACGCUAAUAUCGAGAUCGACUCGAUGGAAGAUGAAAUGCCGAUUGGAAAAAGUUUAGACAGCAACCUUGACUCUGACAACUCGGAAAUUGUGCUUAACGGAAGCAAUAAUAGCGAUGAUCGAGAUACGCGUGACCAUUCUACGAAAGAAGGAGGAAUCGAUCUUUCUUGUUACGUCCUUACCGAAGGUUCCCCUAGUGAAAUACCGGAAACUGUAACCACCGUAAUUAUACCCGAUAAUAUCGUUGACAAUGACAAUGAUAACGAUGUUUGUAAAAUUGAGCUCGAAGAGGGUACGAACGACGAGAUUUGCGUCCCUUUUAACGAGCCAAUCCCAUCUUGGAAUAUCGAAAGAAAGCAGAUAAAGCAUGGGAUUGGAGAAGAGUAUUGCCAAGACAAGAAUCCAUUUGGAGAAUAUAUACAUCCAGAAAGUGCUGUCGACUAUACAACGAACAUCGAUGCUCAUACUUUACGUGGUAUAAAAAAUGCUGCCAAUCGAACGUCUGUUUAUCAAGAAGAUCUUGGAAAUAUCAAAGAGGAGGAAGAAAACGAUAGGGGCAAAUUUUCUAACGUCGACGUCCAGCGUAGCAUCGACGAUCGUAUCAGCGUUUCUUCGAAAAUGUCGGCCGAAUCGAUGGAAAAUAAAAAUAGUACCGAAGAAUGCGAAGCAAAAUUUGCAAGUUCCAGCCAAGAAGAGGAUCAAGAACGAAAUAGUAUGGACGAUAAGGACGAUGCACGAUCGAAAGAUCUCUCUAAAGAAACUGCAAGGAAAAGAAGAGAAGAGGAAAGCGAAACGUUCGAUGAUCGUUCGAGUGAUUUUUCUUUGUCGUUUGAACAAGUUGGAGCUGGACCAAAAGUACCUGAAUUAAAUCUGGAUUCGUUACAAGACAUAACGAUAUCGUCGACGAUUGAAAAGGGCGAUUCGAAAAAUCUUAAUAAUCAGUCGGAAGAAGAAAAUGAUAAUGUUACUUCUUGCGAAGGUGAAAACGUUUCAUUAUCCUCCUACGAUACUUUAGCUUCUGAAGAAAAAGUAGACACCGGUGAAGCUUUGUCCUCGGAAAACGAUCGACUAAAAGUUUUUAUCGAGCCGGCAGGUCAACAAACUAAAAUUGAAAGCGAGACCGAAAGGUAUUCAAAGGAAGAGCUUCGAGGUAACGAAUGUACUAAUAACACGAGUUGCUCGCUUGUUCGUAACAAAGAUGAAAAACAGUCUCUUCGCGUGGAAGAAGAAAUUGCACGGGAAUUAAUACAGAAUUUCAUUAUCGAUAAUACAGAGGUAGCUGAAAAAGACGCCGAAACGAUUCCUUUCGAAGUGGACGAUUUGAUGGCCUCGUCAUCUUCUAAACAUCAGACGAAUGACACGAAUCAAACCGACGACUUUAUCAUUAAAUUUCAUCCAUCUAUAGAAGAAUUAACACCUGAAGCAAUAAUCGAAAAAUCUUCUCGUCGAGAAAAGGACGACGAUGACGAUAAUCAAGCAGGCGAUGAGAACGAAGAAGACGAAAGUAGAAGCGGAGGAAGUGGAGAAACAGCAAGAGAAGACGACGGAGGAAAAGAAGAUCAAGUAGAAACGGCAUCUUUGGAAAAUCAAGGAAACAGGGGCAAACCAAUCGCCAAUUUGUGGCACACCGGAGAAUUCCACGAUUCCUUACCAUUACCUUUCGUUGAAAUUUCAAAAAGUCCUUCCGCCAUGAACGUUUACGAUUUAAAAUCUGUAAACCGUGAAAAAACGGAUGAUCGCUUUACUUCUCCAACUGAUCUGUAUGCAGAAGAUCGAGGAUGUAAAGGAAUCGGUCGCAACAUACCUUUUUUCGGUUAUAAGCUUUCUCCGACCACUGCCCCUCGUGGUAUUGAUAUCUUCGAAAAUUUGAGUUUAUUUAUUAACGAAUCGAAUUGGAGUAAAUUAUCUUUAAACGCUUCGUCUCCUAUCAUUAUUCACAGCAAACGCGUGUUGGAGCAAGUUCGUACAACGGACAAAGACAAGAGUGAUCCACUCGUCGAAACGAGUUCAAAUUCUGAUGCUGACGAUCUUCGUGAGCCAUUAGCGCUCGAUAAUACACCACGACCUAUCGUUAUAGAGGAAAUUUCAGAUAUCGACGAAAGAGAAGAGCAAACGUUAUCGCUCUACGAAGCAGAUACGAAGUUAGCGAAAGAAAUAAGUCCGUUUUCUUCCGAACAAUACAACGACUCCAAUAACGUUGAAGAUAAAAAUAAAGGAACACAUGGUACGUCAUCGUCGACUCGUGAAACAACAAAUGGGCUUAUCGAAAGCGAUAAUUUGCUUCUAGAUGCAUAUACCGAUUCUACCAGCCAUCGAGAUAUCGAUCAGAUCGUAGGAAACGCGGAAGAAGAAAGAACAAAUAAAAAAUAAGAAUGAAUUACAUAUACAGAUAUACCGUAUCGAGAGAAAAUCAUAUUGUUAACUCGAUUUCGUGAAAACGAACAGUUUCGAUAUAAAAGAAUUUGAAAAGCACGAUAUUGCAAUCAUAACGUUAAUCCAGAAGUUUCAGUUUCUUGUUAUUAACGCGAUCCUUAAUCGAAACUAAAACAAUCAAAAGUAGACAAUUAGGUAUAAAUCAUUUCUACAGGUCCUUUUUCUGCGCACAUUAGUGUACCUUCACAUAGAUACACAACUCACAUGGAAACAGCAUAUUAAAUGAAUAAUGGACAAAAUACAGACAGCAAGGAGACAAAUGCAUUGGCUGACAAGUCGAAAAUCCGAAUUAAGCAUAGAAAAUAAAUGAGAAAUAUACAAAACGAUCAUAAAACCAAACUGGACGUACGGAAUACCACUAUGGGGAACAGCAGCAAUGGGCCAUAUAAGCAAAAUAGAGACAAUGCAAGCUAAAAUUCUUAGAACGAUAGUAAACGUCCCAUGGUACGUUAGAGACGAGGACAUUCGGAAAGACCUGGGAGUACCAACGGUCAAGGAGGAGAUUAGCAGAUGCGCAAGAAGGUACAGAGAAAGAAUAGCAACGCACCCGAACCGGCUGACAGCGGAAACGAUCAACGCAUAAAGCAUAGAAAGAAAACUAAAAAGGAAACACCCAACAGAUCUCACAAAGGAUAUAACCUAACAAACACGAAGAUGGUACCCCGCUGGGGUAGCCAUCCACAUGAUAAUCAAACAGCUAAAAAAUUCUACCAAAUGUCCAAAUUGGACAAAUUGUGAAUGUGAAAUAUUAAAUAAAAAAAAAAAAAUUAGUGUACCUAUUUGCUACAAAAGAGAGAGAGAGAGAGAGAGAGAGAAGAAGAAACGUACACUAUACGCUAUACUACUAUACGUACGUCGUAUACUGUAUGCUGUUUAAGUCGAGACUCAGGAGUCAAUUAAUGUAAAACAAGGCACAUGCGCAAAUACGAGUUCGCUAAAAGAGCGUGGGACUCUGCGACAAUUCGCUACAUGCUUAUAGUCCUGAUCGGGAAUUUGCGUCUGAACGAUUUCGUUCUAUUUCAAAAGAGACGUUGCUGUAUGUUGCCACGUACUAUGUCUUACACCAAAAAUCUGUUCGAUGCGAAUUUCGACUAAGUUAAUAUACAUAUCGUACCACAGGAAACAUAUAUUAAAAUUGUGCACGCGGAUCUUCUAAAGAUAACUACCAAAGAAUAGGAUAGAACGGAUAGACGUGUAUAUCGAUUGGUGGAUUAAAAAGAAGAGGAUGUGACGGAAGACUGCAACUGAAAUCGAAGCGGAUUGAAAGUUUGUUAAAAUAAUACGAAAAACAUAUCGGUUACGUUCUUGUAUUUUCUUAACCUUUACACUCCUUCUAUCUUCGUGGUUCCUCGUAUUUCUUUUGUGAAAAGCAAAAACAUCGCUUUUACAGUUUUAUUUCGUCACAUAUUCCUGCUCUUUCUUAGAGGAAAUUCCUGUACAGGAAUUAUAAUAAUAAUAAUAAUAAAUAAUACUUGAAAUUA